CUUGGAUUUUUUUUCUUCAGAAAACCAGAAACUUUUUUUCUUAAGUUUCGUGGUUUCUCAUCAAAACUGGAACAAUUUUUUGUUCAUUUAAUGAUCUGGGGGGCUUAGUGUUGUUUAGUUUUAUUGUAUUAUGAUUUUUUUCUGAGUCAAGGAAUUUUUAUUGAUCAUUUAUUUAGAGGAAGAGAGAGAGAUGGGUUGCUUUUCUUGUUGUUUAACAGCUGAUGAUGGUGGUGGUGAUGAAAGUAGGUUUUCAUUGAAGAAGAGCAGCAAAAAAAGUCACAAUGCAUCAACUCUGGAGGCUAUUGUUAAGAACAUGUCCCUGAAAUCUGACAGCAGCAGGCAUAGGAUAAUAGCUGCGGAGUUGCAAAAAAUUGGGAACGGCAAUGCUAACGCCACUAAAACUUUCACGUUCAAGGAGUUGGCAAAUGCUACUAAGAACUUCAAAACAGAAUGUCUAGUGGGUGAAGGAGGUUUCGGAAGGGUGUAUAAAGGAUUUAUCAAAAGCACAAACCAAGUUGUGGCAGUAAAACAACUCGAUAGAAAUGGGUUGCAAGGGAACCGGGAAUUUUUGGUGGAAGUUUUGAUGUUGAGUCUUGUUCACCAUCCAAAUCUUGUUAAUUUGGUCGGGUAUUGUGCUGAUGGAGAUCAAAGGAUUUUAGUCUACGAGUACAUGCCAUUGGGAUCUUUGGAGGACCAUCUUCUUGAUUUACAUCCCACUAAGAAGGCGUUAGAUUGGAAUACCAGGAUGAAGAUAGCUCAAGGCGCAGCAAAAGGGCUUGAAUAUUUGCAUGACGUAGCGAACCCCCCAGUCAUUUAUCGUGAUUUUAAAGCAUCAAAUAUAUUAUUAGACGAGAAUUUCAGUCCAAAACUCUCUGACUUUGGUCUUGCUAAACUUGGUCCAACUGGAGAUAAGAGUCAUGUCUCAACGAGGGUAAUGGGAACCUACGGCUACUGUGCACCAGAGUAUGCUUUGACGGGUCAAUUAACAACCAAGUCGGAUGUUUAUAGUUUUGGAGUUGUGUUCUUAGAGAUCAUUACAGGACGAAGGGCUAUCGAUAAUUCUAGACCAGCAAAUGAACAAAAUCUUGUUACUUGGGCACAACCACUAUUUAAAGAUCGGAGGAAGUUUACAUUAAUGGCUGAUCCACUGCUUGAAGGGAAUUACCCUAUAAAGGGUUUAUAUCAAGCUCUUGCAAUUGCAUCUAUGUGUUUACAAGAAGAAUCUACUACUCGACCUUUAAUAAGUGAUGUUGUAACAGCUCUUGAAUACUUGGCUGCACCAAAACAAGAAGAAGAGGGAGGAGGAAGCUCACAUCAUACAUCUAAAUCUCAUUCUUUCCAGAGUAAUAAUGACGGUGAAGAUUCAGAAGAUGAUAAUGGUAGUUCACAGAAUGAUGAAGAUGACAAAGAAGAACACAAAUGAGACAUUGUGAUGAAACCGUAGCUUUCGGAUAUCGAGAUCAGAGAGAUAAACUGAUUCCUGUUCCUACCAGCUCUACCAAAUUGUGGAUUAUACUUGUAACUAGUGGUACCGAGUACUUUUGGAACUCGAAUGUAAUUAUUUUCGCUGUGACUUAACGUGAGAUGUGUUGCUUAAAUUUCAGCACUGAUGUAUAAAGACAAAUGUUCAAAUUCAUAUCAUAUGUAGCAGACAAGCUUAACUGGCUGUAAUGUUUAACAUAAGUAGCAGCGCCAAUCUUUUCCUUCU